GCGGUCUCGUAACACUAACAACCACACUUUUUGUUCCAAUGUUUUUAUCACCACAAUCCUUCCGAGUCGGUGUAUUAUUGUUUAUAUUUUAUUAUGAUAUUUUGUGAACCUGUCUCUGAAACGCUUACUCUUGAUAAAUACCUGCAAGGAUAAUGUAUAGGUAAUGUUAAAUCAAAAAAUAAGAAGCUCAAUUAUUCUUAAAUUAAUUUUAUCUUUUUAUUAUAUUUUAUUCGCAUAGUCUAGUUUACGUUAUAUCAAUCAUGCAACGACAAUUAUUAUGUUGUAACAAUUAUACUAUUUUCAUGUUAAAUACUUCAUACUUAUAACACUACGGUGUGUCGGUUACCGAUUCCAUUUACGAUACAUAAAAGUUAACUGUGUAAUGAGACUUCAUUGAUCGGCCCACACAGCACAUUCAUUGCUCAAAUGGACCGAUCUCAAAGCCAACACAGCGUUCUAGAAAAUGUCAAACACAACCUGCCAGUAGAACGGGUUCCGACUAUGGCAAAUCUAAGUAACAUGCCUCCAUUUGGUAUACCAGGGAGUGCUUAUGAAUUUAAUUCGGAUGGCCGGUUGAUGAUUAGAUUUGACAGAGAGAUAUUCAAUAACAGCUUGCUUGAAAACGAAAUAGAAGUUGGUCAAACAACAAUUUCUAACAAUAUGGGCUUUAGAUUUAGUAGGAACGAUUUGUUCCGACCAUCUCAUUUUGAUUUUAGUAGCGGUCACGGAACGUUAUUGGGUAGCCAUUUUAUUACUCCCAAGGUAGAAGCCGACAAAGAACGAAAUAACAAUAAGCGUUUAGAUGAAAUGGAAUAUAAGAAAAGCGAAGAUUCCAAACCAAAGCCUUUUAAAUGUGAUGUAUGUAAAAAAUGUUUUACCAGUUCUGGUGGAUUAACAGUGCACUAUAGAACCCAUACUGGCAAUAAACCGUUUAAAUGUGAUACAUGUUGCAAGUCUUUUUCCAACUCGAGCCACUACAAUUAUCACAUGCGAGUUCACUCUGGAGACAAACCAUUCAAAUGUCAAGUUUGCAAUAAAGAGUAUUCCUGUGCCAACGGUAUAUUGUACCACCAAAGAACUCAGCACUUUAUGCAAGACUCCAAACCGCUGAAAUGUGAUGUAUGCAAUAAGCUGUUUUCCAGCACAGGCGGCCUAACUGUUCACUAUCGGUCACAUACCGGUGAUCGGCCAUUUAAAUGUGAAUUGUGUUUUAAAACUUUUACCAGUUCCAGCCACUGCAAGUACCACCAAAAAUCUCAUUUGGGAGUGAGCGCAAAGAAAACGUUAAAAUGUGACGUAUGCAACAAACUGUUCUCCAGUUCCGGCGGAUUGGCAGUCCACUACAGGAUGCACACUGGCGACAGGCCGUUUAAGUGCGAGAUUUGUUUUAAAUCAUUCACUAGCUCUAGCCAUUUCAAAUAUCAUCAAAAAUCGCACAUGAACACUGGUGAAAAAAAAACUUUGAAAUGCGAUGUUUGUGAUAAAUUGUUUUCAAGCUCAGGUGGUUUAGUAGUCCAUUACCGCACUCAUACUGGCCAAAGACCAUUCAAAUGCGAAAUUUGCUACAAAACAUUCACCAGCUCCAGCCACUUUAAGUACCACAAGAAAACCCAUAAUUGCAUUGUUCAGUUAGGAUAAAGUUAAACCAAUUCAAUUUUAUGAGAACAAACAUAAAUUGUAAUCAAAUUUACGCUAUAAUUUCUCUCAGUAUGUUAAGGUGUUAAGUUACUUGCUUGUACUAUCUUGAGCAGCUAUGUAGCUUGUUACUUAUUGAUCUUGGUGUUAUGACAAGACUUUCAAAUUAUCAUAAUAAUUAUUGUUGUACAUUAUUUUUAAAUAGGUAAAUUAAUUGUCUAUGUUCCUUGAAAAAUUGCAGACUACUUUAUUUCCUUAAACCCUUUUUUGGUUAUAUUAGAAUAAUACAUUAUUAUUCUUUAAAAUUAAUAAUCUUAUAUAAACUUAUCUAUAUAUUGGUAAAAUUUGGGAUUUAAAUUGUACAUCGAGCUAAAU